AUGGACGAACUAGAUGAUGUCUUCGAUGAUCACCCUUCGUUGGAUGUAUCCCUGGAGGACUUUGAGCGCGCGGAAAGCCCUCAAAGCCACCAUGCUUCCCCACCGCUCGAGAUUCCCUCUCAGCAUUCUGGCUUCAGAGAGGACGCUUCUGAUAAUGGAACCGAUAUUACCGAGGAAGAAGGGCCCCAGCCGCGCUGGUCGCCUCCUGGAUUCAGGCACGACUAUGUUAAUGGCAGCUCCUGGUACCGCCACCAGCCUUAUAUGAAAGGUGAACCUGGCAGAAUGGAGCUGGUACCGGCCGGCACGUUCAGUGCGAACCAGUCGCGCGAAGUUACACCUCAAUUUGAGGAUGCAGCAGAGACGCCAGCGGUCAAAAGUGAGACCGACACUGGAGAACUAACUGUUCCAGCAACUUCCCCGGUUCUCGCAGAGAACAUCGUCCUGGAAAAAAGGUCGCAAAGCCCGACUCCAACUGACAGAACAUGCGAUGAUGAUGGUCUUGUUUCUGGAAGCAGUCCGAUUAGUAACUACAUUCGCUUUGUUUUUCGAGCGGAAUUCCAGCAUUGCGAACCGUUUACUGCAUUCUUGAACUAUUUGCGCAGGAACAUCGACCGUGCGACGAGCUCCAAGUCGAACGCUCUCAUGUCUGUUUUUGUUGGAAUGAUAUGCAUUGCAUUCAUGCGCGCUCUAUUUUUGCCGGGCACCCCGCCUGGGAUCCCCGAUUUGGUCAAAUUAUCUAGUUUCGCACGCUCUUUUGAACCAUUGAUUUACUACUCGGAAAACGGGGUGCAGCAGAUUGGGACUCUUCAGGAGACCGGCGUUGCGGUGUGGGACUUGAGUGAGUCGCUCAGAGGAUCCAAUAUGACCAGCGCUCCGAUCAUUGUGGGCCAGCUUGAUGAACUUUCAGAAUCGCUCAAGUCGCUGUCGCUCGAGCUGACUCGCUUUUUCGCCGAUGUUGACGCGGACAUUGACUCGAUUCUGAUAGUCAUGGACUGGGCAAAACGGGAGCUGGAAACUUUAUCCUCACAGCCUCCCAAUAGUCUCCCUUCCAUCGCAUAUGACAAUUUCCAUCUGAUGCUGUCGCGACUCGGUGCGCUUGAGCGAGCCUCUGGUAGUCAAGAUACUGGAGGCGGUGAACUCAUGACUGUCCCGACGACGUUUGGAAAUAUCGUCACGGCGAUCUUCGGACCGACUUCUUCGCAGCGCAUGCGGUCUGCGCUCACACGGACCUUCACAGAGUUCCUCUCAGUCCUCGAAGAGUCCAUUAACAGCGAAUUGACCCAUUCGACAGCUCUGUUUGCACUGUUCGAAUCCAUUGAUCGCCAGUUCUUGAAUCUUCAACGCACAGUUGUCCGUGAAUCCGACGCGCAGGAAAGAGCAGAAGGCGAGAUGCUUAGUUCUCUCUGGACACGAGUCUUGGGACCCGACGCCGCCAUGGUGCGCAAAUACGAGAAAAACAGGCGUCUACUUGCCAGCGUUCGCAGCAGGACGGUUGCGAACAAACAUCUCCUUAUGGACCAUCGCAGCCGCCUCUUAACUUUAAAAGUCAAUCUUGAAACUCUGCGCCGCAAACUUGUCAGUCCAUUGGUGCGACGGAAUGAUUCUGUUACGUUCGGAGGCGCGAUCGAGCCGAGUAACAGCAGGCGCGGAAAUCGUGGCGGGCUCCUAGGUCCAGUUGAGUCUGUCAUCGAGGGGCAAAUCCGCGGACUUGCCGGCAGCCAGGAAUACUUGCGAUCCGUCCGAGAAAAACAGAAAGCGAAACUCAUGGAACUUGUUUACGGAAGUGGUCGCAAAUUGCCUUCUCAAGCGAUUGUAUCCGAAGAGCCUGAAGGCGAUGAACUAAUUGGGGUACAUUAG